AUGGGCAGAAAAGGCCCUCAAGGAGCUAUGCCAAUGGCCGCGCUCAACAUCACCGCCUUGCCUACUAAACGCAGGAUGUCGUCAAAUCAAUUUACCGUGGCGUCGCCGCCCACGGAUGCUAUCUCGGCUUUGAAGUUCUCCCCCGACCCCGACUCGACGCGCAUUGUUGCCUCGUCAUGGGACAAGAACGUUUAUCUGUACGAUCUUCGUGAUGAGAAUGGUGCUGUAGGCGAGGGGAAGUUGCUCCAGAAAUUCGAACAUCGGGCCCCGGUCCUGGACGUUUGUUUUGGUGCGAAUGAGAACGAGAUCUAUACCGCCGGGUUGGAUUGGGAUGUUCGGAAAAUUGAUCUCAACACGUCGGAACAGGUCGUUCUGAGCAGCCACGAAGCCGGCGUGCGCAGCGUGGUUUACAGUCCCGAGCACAACAUCAUCAUCUCGGGUUCGUGGGAUUCUACGCUCCAUGUGCACCGCCCCGAUGCCGGUACCAAUGCCGACUCCAUACCCGCCGUCAUCCCCCUCCCCUCGAAACCCUUCUCGCUGUCCCUUACCGCCACCAAGCUGGUCGUUGCCAUGGCAUCACGGUCCCUGCACAUCUACGAUCUGAAGGCGCUAGCCCUCCUCACUGCACAGGCAGACGGCGCCACCACAGAUGGCAAUAAGGUCGAGAUUGAGCCCUGGCAACGGCGUGAAAGCAGUCUGAAGUUCAUGACGCGGUGUGUCGCAUGCAUGCCCGACGAUGCAGGAUACGCCUCCUCCAGCAUCGAGGGCCGUGUCGCGGUUGAGUGGUUCGACCCGUCCCCGGAAUCGCAGGCCCGCAAAUACGCUUUCAAGUGUCAUCGUCAGACAGCGGAGGAUGGCGUUGACGUUGUCUACCCCGUCAAUGCCCUGGCCUUCCACCCCGUGUACGGCACAUUUGUGUCCGGUGGCGGAGACGGCGUUGUCGCGCUAUGGGAUGGUAUCUCCAAGCGUCGUAUCCGCCAGUACCAGAAGUUCCCAUCCAGCGUGGCAGCUCUAGCAUUCAGCGGCAACGGAAAGUAUCUGGCCAUUGCCAUCAGUCCGGGCUUCGAGGACGGCAAGGACGAUGUGCCCGAGGGUGUGGUGAAGAUCUUUGUCAAGGAACUUGGCGAGAAUGAGGCUAAGGCAAAGAGUGCGAAAUAG